CAAGAAAAACACACCUUGUAAGGAGGCAAGGCUGGCGCUGUGCAGCGGCGCGGGAGGAGGCCCGGCCCCGAGCCUGGCCCGAGCCCGUCCCGAGCCGACCCUGAGUCUGUCCCGAGCCUGGCCCGAGCCCGUCCCGAGCCUGGCCCGAGCCAGCCCCGACCCCGCCGCCGGGAGCGGGGGCAGCGCUGCCAACCGCCGCGGGAGAAGGUGUAAUAUUUUGCUGUCAGGAUGAGAAGCAGGAUCCCUGUCAUCCUCCUGGCCUGUGGCUCCUUUAACCCCACCACCAACAUGCACAUGCGUUUGUUUGAGCUGGCCAGAGACCACCUGCACCAGACAGGAAGAUAUCAGGUAAUUGAAGGCAUAAUGUCUCCUGUCAGUGAUAACUAUGGGAAGAAAGGCUUGGUGUCAGCAAGGCACCGGGUGGCGAUGGCCAAACUAGCCCUGGAGACGUCGGACUGGAUCCGGGUGGAUCCCUGGGAGAGUGAGCAGGACACAUGGACAGAGACAGUGAAAGUAUUAAGGCACCAUUAUAAUGAAGCACUCAGAGCGUUCCAGUCCAAGGAGUUCAUGAGAAAUAAACAUCCCACAGAAAGCUCCACGGAGGAUUCCCUUUCUUGCCAGGACCCAGUUUUACCAGAAUUGAAACUGCUCUGUGGGGCUGAUUUGCUACAGACAUUUAAGACACCCAAUCUCUGGAAGGAAGAAGACAUCAAAGAAAUAGUAGAAAAGUUUGGUUUGGUCUGCAUUAGCCGGGCUGGCUCUGAUCCAUCGCAGUUCAUCCAGGAAUCAGACCUUUUAUCUAAAUUUCAGCACAAUAUUUUUCUAGUGAGAGAGUGGAUCCAGAAUGAAAUCAGUGCGACCCAGAUCCGCUCUGCUCUGUGCCGAGGGCUGAGUGUGAAAUAUCUCAUCCCAGACUCUGUCAUUGCCUACAUUGCACAGCACAACGUCUACACAGCUGAGAGCGAGCGCAGCAAUGAGGGCCAACUGCUACAGCCUUUCAGGCUGCAAAACACAACAAUAAACCUCUGAGGGGCUGAUGUCUGCACUGUGUACCUUGUCAGACCAGGAGCUUUGUCAUGUAGAUUUCUUAAGAAAGUUGUUUCUUAUUAAUAAUGAAGGGAAAGUCCAAAAUUUCUUGAAAUCAUGUGGUGUUUUUAAAUCCAUGAAUCUAUGUGGUAGUGCUCAAGAAAAUUGGGAUGCUCAGCUGUAUAGCUUAAAAUACACAAAGAACAGCUUCCUUGUGAAAAUAAAAGAAAUGAGAUCUUCACAAUAAAUCUUCUUAGUAUUUCAAUAAUUUCUAAAUUCAAAAAGGCAAUAAAUAUGACUUAAGGGUCAAACUCAGUACUUUCUUAACUUAUACUUCUGCAAUCCUUACUGUUCUAAAGCAGCAAAAUACAAUGAACCAUAGCUUGAGAGAGAGAGAGGUUUAAAUAUAUAUUAUUUCUAAACUUUGACUUUAUAAAGCCCUGAAUAACUUUUUAAAAAUUUUUUCAGCUACUUAGCCAAGAGAUGGAAAUCAAUAUUUCUUCCAUGCAAGCACUUAAAAAUGCAGAUGCUACUUCUGGCACUUGCAAGGUUCCGGGUUCUCAAAUGACACAGUCCUCAUCCCCACAUUUAAAGUGGGUUUCUUCUCUGACCCAGAGUCUACUUAAAAGCAAGCAAUUGCCAAAGCCCCAGAGUAGAUAAAAUAUCCAGUAGGGGCUUCAGUUGUACUGUAUGCAAACAUCUGAGAGGCUCAGUACUUGAGCUCUGGUGUUAGCAGGGAGAAUCCAUGCUCCUCUCUGCUGGUUGCCUGUUGUGCUGAUUUAGUGUCUCUCAUUUCUGACAGGAGUCACUUUCAAACAAUACAGAACUCCAGAGUGCUCUCUCUGUGUUUCAGAGCUCCUUAACUGAAAGCAUUCAUGCAGCAGUGCUGUAGCAUUUAUCACUGUACAGAGUAACCACUGCUUUCUAAUACAAGUUUCCACCUAACUGGUCCUUCUGAGACCCCAGCUGGCCAAGCAUCAUCCACUGGUGGUUCUCUAGGAUUCAGGAGCUUGUGGAACAAGUUAAAGGAAUACCAGACAUAAAUGGCUUUGACUGAAAGGGUCUGUAUGAUUGUUUUGUUGGAAGAAAGCAUAAAGUAGCCAAAAUCUAUUCAAGAAAGAAGAAUUUGGGUCAAAAAACACAUAAGAUAAGCACUUUUAUAGCUUUGGCUAAUAUCCUAAACUAAAGCUAUUUGAAAGCGGUUUGUGUCUGAGUGGCACGAAGAAUGAAGUGUAAUAUGGUUAAAAUGGAUUUCCCUUACACAAGUGAUAUGAAAGGUGAAUAUUUCAUUCGUUUUCAAUCAAGUCAUCAUGCUGUCAUUAGAAAUCUCAGAGGUUCAACCUUGUGAAAGGAUUUAAAGGCAGCACUUCAACAAUAAUCGGAUUAGAAGGACUUGCAUAGCUCCAUGGUCUAAAAAAGAGAUAAAAGAAACCAGAGUUCAAACUUGCCACAAAGCAAGGCAGUGAGCUGUGUGGUGGAGAAUCAACCCACAGCUCUAAGCCUGUGAUUUUCACGAUCAG